CAAAGUACUGCUACACUACUCUCUUCCAAGAUCGCGCUCCAUCCUUCAUCCGAGGAUCGUCCGAAAGCGUAAAAAUCUGUCGCUUUCGCGAUCGCGAGUACGAGUACAGUGGUGGUGCGUUUCUCUUACUCGUCGUCGUCGUCUUUGUCGUUCUUCGACCAUCGGUGCCUUCGACACCCGUUUCUUCCACGACGCGUGUGUGUGCGUGCGUGCGUGCGUGCGUGCUUGCGUGCGUGCAUGCGUGCUCGCUCGAGUUGACGAGAAAUAGGGGGAAACGUGGAUGGUGAUAAAUGACGAUCCCCUCCCCCCCUCCCCGGAGGAUGGACGGAUAAAUUCGCGCUCCGCUGGGACUGGAUCGUCUCGAGAAAGCCUGGAACAGCCUUUUUCUCCUCGCGUAUUUUCGGAGCCAGACCCCCCCCGUUCCUGCGCGAUCGAGCCUCUUCGUUUCCGUUUCGCUCUCCGGACCGCGGCAACCCUCCUCCUCCUCCUCCUCCUCCUCCUCCCCCCUCGGCCGGUCAUGGUUGCGCAAGCAGGUAUUCGGAAAUAGCCCGUGGGCCGCGGUUAUGAAUUGAUAGCAAACACAUGCUGGACACGCCGCCGCGGACCGGCUUCCACAAGACGCGACGACGACGACUACUACUACUACUCCUCCACUACUACUACCCGCCUCGUGUUUCGCCGUGUUCACACCGGCCGACCAGUCUUUCUUCUUCUUCGCCGACCUGCGCUGCUGCUCACCUGCCGCCGCGCGUCCUCUCCGCGGUGCGGAGGACAUGGAGCGGAGGACAGGGGAAGAAAACUGUCCCGGGGAUUCGUAGUGAUUCUCUUCGGAGCGUGGUGUGACCGUGACUUUUCUCUCUUUUUUUUUUUUUUUUUUUUCCCGUUACUACGGACUUUCCCCUCCCUCGACCUUUCCUCUCUUCCUCUCCCUCUCGACUCGACGAGGAGAGGAAAGAAAGAGAGAGAGAGAGAGAGAGAAAUAAUAAAAAUUUCCGCUUGGAACUUUUUUGGUGAAAGAAAACAAAGGAAAGAAAAAAGAGUGAAGAAGAAGGAAUGGAGCGGUGACUCGAUGGCGCGUUCGACUCGUGUCAAGUCUCCUCGAGAAGGGCGCCACUGACGGCCUCCGAGGGCAGAGACGGGCGGAGAAUAGUAGAACAGCUGUGGAUGGUGUAGGCAUGGGAUAGAAGAGGAAUUUCCUCUUCGUUUCCUCCGCGGGCGGCGGUGAUCCCGCUCGAUCGAUGGAAUUGGUCGAUCUCCUCCUCGUUGGCUGGAUCGAUCGGAACUUCAACCCUUGGACCGAUUUCCUCCCCCCGAGUGUUGCCCCACCGAGUGAUGUAACGAAAGGACAUUACGUGGUCGCGGAGUGCACGCGCGGUCGCGGAGGAGGAGGUGGAGGAGGAUUACGAGCGCACGAGUACAGGGCGGGAGAGAGCGAGUGAAUGACAGUGAUCCGGGAAUUCGUGUAUGUACAGUGAGCACGCGAGGACGGCACUCAUGUACGUUGACUACGGAGGCGACGCUUACGCCGGAAUGGGAAUCAAGGCCAUGAAGUCCUUCGCCAGGCCCAGAGAUAUACCGGCACAAGUGCCGCCGUUAACACCUGGGACCAACAAGAAGAUGACCGAGGCCCUGGAGGCCUCUUUCGCCUCCUGGGAGAAGGAACGAGUCCGCCUCAACAUAACCAAAGAUCCGAGGCAAUGGUCGGAAGCAGCUGUCGCUCACUGGUUGCACUGGGCCAUCGGUGAGUUCUCCCUCGCGGGUGUAGCGAUACAACCCUGGCAGAACAUGACCGGGAAACAGAUUUGUGCCAUGGGGAAGGAAUCCUUUUUGGCACGUGCUCCGGCCUUCAUGGGCGAUAUCCUGUGGGAACACCUCGAGAUACUUCAAAAAGAUGUCGACGCGGCGAAGGCCUCUCUGGAGAACGUGGCGGGCAACAUGUACGAAAGCGUAUGCGUGCCAGAUUUAGGUGAUUUCUUGGGAUACCAGAGCGGCGGCGGUGGUCACCAGGUCGCGACGCCGGAACACAAGAGUCCAGCGACGCCAGCGAGUUCCGCAACCUCGAACUCGUCGGGCCCGCAAAACGGCGGAAACCAAGCGGGGGCCCCGUUGCAACCACCUUCCGCCUCGGUCUCUCUGCCCUCGAGACAGUAUCAUAACGAUGGAGGUUACAAUCAUUUACGCAGUCCCGUGUGCCAAGACGAGAAUCAGAGGGAUGAAACCUCGCCGCCACCCCAUAGCCAUAACACUCAAGCGCCCAACUCUCAUUCCAGUACUCCGAAUAGCAACAAUAACAAUAACAAUAACAAUAACGCGAACAACGCGUAUAUACAUCUACGGAACUUAAAUCAACUCAAAACGGAGUCGAACUACAGCAAUCACCAUAUAACGGAACACCUCCAAGGGGGUGGAGCAGGUUUGACGAGCGGCAACGAUCUCGCGGGUACAGGGACCAACGAGAGCGAUUUAAGGGUUAGCCAAGCCGCCACGGAGAGCUACAUGACUCCGGCAAAUUAUUCCGGAUACGAUGAAGCCUCCGAGUAUCAUAGCCUGCCGCAGGAUCAUCAACCGCCGCAUCCUUUUAAUCUCGACGGCUCGCCGGAAUUUUACAGCACCAGUGGAAUUCAUCUCGAGCCCAAGUAUCAGCAAUCGCCUUUUAAAAAUUAUCCUCGAGGUCGAUACCACGAGGGAUACAGUGAGAGCGGUGGAUACGGGCAAUACGACGCGACGCCAUUCCAAACGGUUCCUGGAAGCGGAAGCGGAGGUGGAGGUGGUGGCGUUGGGGGUGAUCAAUGGGGAGUAGGCCCUCUCGAGCAUUUGUCGCAUCAUCCGGCAUUCCUAGCCGGUCUUGGUCCAAGGGACUCUUCCAAUCCUCAUCAUCCCUCGUCUAUAGGAAAUAAUCCUGAUCAGAAGCCUCUGUUGCAGAGCGCGAUGAUCCCUGGUUAUACGAGCAGUGGACCUUGCUUUACCGGUUCCGGUCCCAUUCAACUUUGGCAGUUUCUGUUAGAGUUGUUAACAGAUAAAUCAUGCCAAGGCUUUAUCUCGUGGACCGGCGAUGGCUGGGAGUUCAAGCUGACGGAUCCAGAUGAGGUGGCACGUCGCUGGGGCAUCCGCAAGAACAAGCCUAAAAUGAAUUACGAGAAGUUGAGCCGUGGUCUUCGUUAUUAUUAUGACAAGAAUAUUAUACAUAAAACAGCCGGCAAACGAUACGUUUACCGUUUUGUCUGUGACUUACAGAGUCUCUUAGGAUACAGUCCAGAAGAACUCCACGCAAUGGUAGAUUUGAAGCCAGAGAAAAAGGAAGAAGACUGAGUUUCUGUUAUGAGACGUGUUUGAGGACUGUGUCGUUUUGUUAAAUGAAAAAAAAAAAAAAAAAAAAGAAAGGAAAAAGGAAUACGAAUAAUUCCUUGGUAUCGCACUGGAACAAAGCUGAAACUGAUAAUGUAACAAACAAUGUGAAAUGAAACGAAGAAACGAGUAACUGGUGUAUUGUUAAACGAAAGAAUUCUUCUAAUGGCUAGAAGAUGAAUCGAGUGAUGUCUUCUAACGUUCAGAUAUAUGAUAAAAUAGAAUCGGUCGUAUGUACCAAAGACAGGGUCUGCAUACCAUUGGUGCCUAAAGUUAAUGACUAAAAAAUUGUGAAUUUGUUUCUAAGUGAUUAAUUUGCCAAGCCAGAUUUUAGAAGAUAUUUAUAGGAAAUAACUCAACAAUUUAUACAUAUUAUAUAUAUUAUACAUAUAAAUAUAUAUAUAUAUAAAUAUAUAUAAAUAUA